AUGCGAUUGGCGCUAAUCGUAGAGUACGACGGCACCGAUUUUAGCGGUUCGCAAUUUCAACUCAACGCCCGCACAGUUCAAGGCGUAUUGGAAGACGCAGCAACGACAAUCUUCGGCUCCCAAACCGGUCGCAUCCGAAUGGCAAGCCGAACCGACGCCGGCGUGCAUGCGGUUGGGCAAGUCGCGUCUCUCGAUGCCGUUACUGAGAUGUCUCAUGGAGAAAUCCGUAACGCAAUGAACGGUAACCUGUCAGAAGACGUUUGUGUCAGGCUGGCCCGGAGCGUUCCAGCAGAUUUCGAUCCUCGGCGCGCGGCAAUCGCACGAGAGUACCGAUACGUUAUCAACGAUGGCCCUGUGCCUACACCAACCCGGCGAAGGCACGAGUACCACGUUCAUCGCCCUCUCGAUGAUGUGGCGAUGGCAGACUGUGCACAGGCCUUUAUCGGUGUGCACGAUUUCACAUCGUUCGCCGCAGCCUCAAUCGACGGUGGUUCCAACGUCCGAGACGUCGAGACCGCAAACAUCAGACGGACGGACGACGGAAGGAUUGUUUUCGACAUCCGCGCCAACGCAUUCGUGCGCCAACAGAUCAGGCGAAUGGUCGCAACGCUUGUCGCCGUAGGUAGCGGUUCCCGAACGAAGGAAUGGGUCGCCUCGUUGGUAGCGACGCCGCGCCGUGACGGUGCAACACAAAACGCACCUCCACAGGGAUUGACGCUGCAACGGGUUGUAUACGAAAUCAAUUUCGAACGAGAACCGCCGCUCGACUGA